AUGUAUCAAACUCGGCAGGCGUAUGCGCCUACACCCCACAGUUAUGUGCCAAAUACCGCUUUCUCAGCCACGAUAAAUCUUGACGAGGAGGUGAAACUUGCAGAAACGAGAGCCGAACGAGAUCUUCAGGACUCUCUUGCCGAAGUAUUCAGCAUCAUAAUCACCUUAGACGAACUCGAGAAAGCCUAUCUGAAAGAUGCCAUACCCGAGGCUGACUAUACCGAAAUAUGCGAUCGAUUGCUGAAGCAAUACAAAGCGAUAUUGACAGACGAGGCUGUGUCGAGGGAAUUCGUGGACCUCGAAACCUUUAAGAAUGAGUGGGAUAUGGAAGUUCCGCGAGCAACGGAGAGAAUCAGAAUUGGCCUUCCCAGCACAGUAACCGCGCCGUCCAUCAACACGGCAGCGACGAGCAAUAAUGGGACGAAUGGUACCCUCAUUCUUGAAGCAACACAGGACUUCAUUACCUUCCUCGAUGCACUCAAGCUAGGGCUUUUGGAGAAACACCAAUUACACCCCUUACUUUCGGAUGUCAUUCAGAGUGUGAACAAGGUUACAGAUAGAGACUUCGAUGGGAGGGGAAAGAUCGUACAGUGGUUAAUUGCGUUGAACCAGAUGAAAGCGACGGAGGAGAUCAGCGAGGAUCAGGCACGGGAGUUGGAACUAGACAUGAAUUCGGCUUACCAAGGAUUCAAGGCUACCUUGAAGUGA